UUCCACCGCCUCCUCCCACUCCCCGUCGCCGGCGGACGCCGGAGGCAUUCCCCGCAGCGCGACGGCGGCGUCUCCGCGCGCGCGCGCCCUGCAGCCUUGAAGGAAUCGGUCGGGGAGCGGGGAGAUGGGCAGCGUGGGGAUCAACGGCGCCGUGUCCGGGGUGGUGUCGAGGAAGGUGCUCCCGGCGUGCGGCGGCCUCUGCUACCUCUGCCCGGGCCUCCGCGCCCGCUCCAGGCAGCCCGUCAAGCGCUACAAGAAGAUCCUCGCCGACAUCUUCCCCGCCACCCAGGAGGAGGAACCGAACGUGAGAAGGAUUGGGAAGCUGUGUGAGUAUGUUGCUAAGAACCCUCAUCGUGUGCCAAAGAUCACAGCUUACUUGGAGCAAAGGUGCUACAAGGAGUUGAGAAAUGAGCAGUAUGGCUUUGUGAAAGUAGUUGUGCUAAUAUACCGCAAACUACUUGUCUCCUGUAAAGACCAGAUGCCAUUACUGGCAAGUAGCGUAUUGAGCAUCAUAAGCACUCUUUUGGAUCAAACAAGACGGGAUGACUUGCGGAUUAUAGGUUGUGAAACCUUAUUUGAUUUUACUGUCUCUCAGGUGGAUGGCACAUAUCAAUUCAAUUUGGAAGAACUUGUUCCAAGAAUCUGUGAAUUAGCUCAGAUAGUAAAAAUAGAGGAGAAGGAUAACACGCUCCGCUCAUCAGCCUUGCAAGCCCUUUCAGCUAUGAUUUGGUUUAUGGGCGAGCUUUCUCACAUAUCCUCAGAGUUUGAUACUGUUAUUCAAGUAGUGCUGGAAAGCUAUAACCCUCAAAAUAUGCAAAAUGACAAUAUAGACAGUGAAGCUCCAGGCAGUCAAUGGGUGGAACAAGUUGUCAAAACAGAGGACCACGUCUCUCCUCCCACAUUCACCAUAUCUAAGAUACCUUCUUGGAGGAGCAUAGUUACUGAUAAGGGAGAGAUUCAUCUACCUGUGGAAGAUGCCAAGGAUCCUAACUUUUGGUCACGAGUCUGCGUGCACAACAUGGCCAAGCUGUCCAGGGAGGCAACAACAUUCCGUCGUGUUUUGGAGUCCCUAUUUCGUCAUUUUGAUAAUAAUAAUUCAUGGUCUUCCCAGAAUACACUUGCUUUCUGUGUUCUUUUGGACAUGCAAAUGUUUGUGGAAAACCAAGGGCAAAACACUAACUUGAUGAUAUCGAUACUGGUUAAGCAUCUUGAACACAAGUCUGUACUGAAGCAACCAGAGAUGCAACUCAGUGUUGUGGAGGUUAUAGCAUCCCUUGCAGCACAAUCAAGAGCUCAAGCGUCAGCCGCAACCAUAGGUGCUAUAAGUGAUCUUGUUAGACAUAUGAAGAAGAUAUUGCAUGUCACUCUUGGCAGCAGAGAUUUGGAGGUCAUAAAGUGGAACGACAAACUCCGGAAGACUGUUGAUGAAUGCAUAGUCCAACUGUCGAAGAAGGUUGGCGAUGCUGGACCUGUUCUUGACAUGAUGUCGGUGAUGCUAGAGAACAUCUCUCGCACUCCUCUUGUCUCUAUAGCAACUACAUCUGCUGUUUAUCGUACAGCCCAGAUAAUUGCUUCUAUCCCGAAUUUGUCAUAUAGGAAUAAGGUAUUUCCAGAAGCACUCUUUCAUCAGUUACUCUUAGCAAUGGUUCACCCUGAUCAUGAAACCCGUGUAGCUGCACACCGCAUAUUUUCUGUUGUCCUUGUCCCAUCUUCUGUUUCUCCCUUUUCUAAAUCAACUUCUCCAAAUCAGCUUAUGAGUCAUGAUAUUAAGAGGACUCUCUCAAGAGCUGUCUCUGUCUUCUCGUCUUCAGCUGCUUUGUUUGAUAAAUUGAGAAGGGACAAAGAUUCCUUCAGAGAAAUCCCACAGGAUGAAAGCGUGAAAAGAAUUUGGCAUGCUACUGAUGAUGAUACUUCUACACUCAAGGGCCUGCCAAGCUCACAAAGCCGAAGGCAUAGCUUCAAAGUUCCUAGUUUAUCUAUGAAAAAGGUUGCUUCAUUGUCUCUGCGAUCUUCCAUGUCCCCUAAGGAAUGCCAAAAUACCUUGGCUGAGUCAUGUAGUGAAACGGAGUCAACUUUGUUGAGACUAAGCAGUCGUCAGACCACACUUUUGCUGUCAUCUAUUUGGUCUCAAGCAAUUUCUCCUAAAAAUACUCCUCAAAAUUAUGAAGCUAUUGCUCAUACUUACAGUUUGCUUCUGUUGUUUUUGGGAUCAAAGGCAUCAAUCUUUGAGGCUCUUGCUCCGAGUUUUCAGGUGGCAUUUUCCUUAAUGAAGCAUUCGCUCGAAGGAACAGAUUCGUUGCCACCAUCACGCCGUCGGUCCUUGUUUACUCUGGCUACAUCUAUGAUUGUGUUCUCUUCAAGGGCUUUCAAUGUGGCACCUCUUAUCCCAAUUUGUAAAUCAAUGCUCAAUGAAAGAACAGUGGAUCCAUUCCUUCAUUUAGUUCAUGACACCAAACUUAAGGCUGUGGAGAACUGCUCAGAAGAAACCUAUGGAUCACCAGAAGAUGAUGAUAAUGCACUGAAAUCUCUUUCAGCUGUUGAACUAACUCGGAGUCAUUCCAGAGAAUUCAUGGCCUCUACAGUCAUGAACAACAUAACAGAUUUAACAGAUCCAGAGUUACAAAGUAUAAAGACUCAACUGCUAAGUGACUUCUCCCCUGAUGACAUGUGUCCAACAAGUGCUCCCUUUUUUGAAUUACCUUUCGGAAGUCCAGGAUCUGAUGAGGAUUCUUGCAAUCAAGAGGCUGUGCUUAUCAAUAUGGCAAAUGACAACGAUAGCUUUGGGGAAGUCUAUGAAAGUACUACACCUACUACAGCAUCUGUUCCCACAGGAAAUCUUCUGGGUAUUGAUGAGCUUCUAGAAACAGUUGUCAUUGAUACAUCAGCUCAGACUGGAAGAUGUUCAGUGUCAACGGCCCCUGACAUCCCAUUCAAGGAGAUGACUAACCAAUGUGAGGUUCUUUCGAUGGAGAAACAGCAAAAGAUGUCUGUGCUCCUGAGCUUCAAACACAAAAACCAAGCGCCUUCCCUGAAUAUCGAUCAGGUUAACAACAUGGAAGCAGCCAAUAUCUCCUCUGACGAUCAGAAUACAAACCCUUUUCUCCAGCAAAACCUUGAUGGCUACCCCAAAUAUGUUGCUGGUGGUGAGGCAAUGGCAGCGGCCGGUGAUGAAUUCCAUCAGCAAUUCUUGAAGCUGCCAGCAUCAACCCCUUAUGACACCUUCCUCAAGGCUGCUGGCUGUUGAUGCUAUAAAUCCAAUGCAGGCAGCCACGAAUUAAACCCCGGCGACUAAUUAAUUGUAUGUAUGAGUAGAGCUUCCUCUUAACAACAUAUUCUGUAAUCCAUUGUAUGCGUAGAGCUUCCUCUUAAUUGCAAGAUGCAAAUUUUCUCUUUUGAUGAUCCGAUCCAACGGUUGGUAACCACCUGAAUGCACGACAUACAUCACAUUUCACACCUGCAUUUGAUCUUGCAACGGCGGAGGAAACGCACGCUUCCAUUUAAGGGGCGAUUGCAUUGUCAAACUGCAAAGUAGCUAGCUGGAGCAUCUCCAAGAGAAUGAUUAAAUGACACUCUAUAUUAAAUUUUAGUAAUUAUAUUGAAAAAUAAUU